UGAAUUCGAGUUGAAAUUCAUUCGAUUCGACAAUCAGUUUUAUUAAUCUUCUUACAAUCUUUUAAAUUUUGUUCGUUGUUUAAUCAACCACCAUCUAAAUCUAAAAUCAAAAUGAUGUUCAUCGCCGUUAUCGCUUCAAUCAUCGCUGUUGCCCAAGCCGGUAUCUUAGCUGCUCCAGCUUACGCCGCUGCUCCAGUUGCCUAUGCUCCAGCUUACGCUCAUGCCCCAAUCGUCAAGGCUCCAAUUGUCUUACCUAACAUCGUUACAUCAUACUCAAGCUCAGUCUCCCACUUGGCCCCAGUCCAUGCUGCCCCAGUUGUCGCUAAAGUAGCUGCCCCAGUCUUUGCCGCUCCAGCUUACGCUGCUGCCCCACUCCCAUACGCCGCUGCUCCAGUUGUCCACAAAGUAGCUGCCCCAGUCCUCGCUGCUCCAGCUUACGCUGCCGCCCCACUCCCAUACGCUGCUGCUCCAGCUUUCGCUCAUGCCCCAGUCGCCAAAAUCGUUGUUUAAAUAAGUGAUCAAACUAAUUGUUAAAUUUGUUAUUCUCUGUUCACAAAAUUGACCAAAAAAAACACCACCACCACCACCAACACUGCCCGGAGUAGGAAUAGUUUACCCAUUCCAACACUUCAUUUCCUCCACUUCCUGUUACCAUUUCCCUCUCACCCUGGAAUCCAUUUUCCACCAUCAGUGAGUCCAGUUUCAAAAUUCAUUUUCUCAGUCACCAGCUUCCAGUUUCAUGAUAAUCCAUCAUGAUAAACUUUAAACUCUGAUAAAAGAAAACCGAUUCAUUGGGAUUUACUUCAUUCAUCAGUUAAUUUUACAAUUUUCUGCAUUCAUCUAAAUUAAAAACAUCUUCGUUAAUUUAAUCACCAUUCCGGUUUAUAAAGGCAGAACAAUUAAUUAAUUGUCAUCUAAAUUAAUAACUGAUAACGAACCAAAAAUCUUAAUAUAACAUCAAAUAAAAUGAAUCAAGUUUAUUUUUCGUAAAAAAAACAA